GUGAGCUGCCGUUAAAAGUGAGAGACGAAGAAGAAGUUCAAAUCCUGGGCGGCGUUAAAUUUCGCACGUAGCAGCACACUCACUGGGGAGUUAAAACAUGGAGGGCAACCUGGCCGAACUUCUAAUUGGAUCCUCUGUACAAAUCAGUCGAAGUGAUGGUCGAGUGCAUUCGGCGAAGGUGAAAUCCGUGGAUGACUACAAGUCCACGGUUAUGGUGGAGUGGUUUGAGAAGGAUACCUGCCGAGGAAAAGAGGUUCAGCUGAGCGAGUUAUGUAUACUCAACCCAAAGCUUUUGGACCAUAUAAACUCUGCCACCAGCGAAGCUGCUGAUCCACCCCCUCCUGCUCCAGACAAGAAGUAUGAGGGUCGACUGCGCUCAUCCAGGAUUCCUGCCCCUGCCCCCUCAUCUGCUCCUGCAAUCACCAAUGCUGAAGAGUCAGGUCGGAAAGUCAGCCGGUCUCAGGCCAGGCAGACCUGUUUGUUCCAGGCUCCGGCUCCUGUUCCAGCACCGGUCCAGACCUCUCAGCCUUCUGGGGCAAGCCCCGAGACGAUCCGCCCUGAUCUCCCUUCUUCUUCUUCAGCCCUCACAAGCUCUGCGCUUCUAAGUCAGCAGCGUAGAAAGAACGAAACCAAAUCAUCACUGGCGCUUCUACGCGAGGCAGUGAAGGAAAACGAUGCACCUGAGAAAAUGCCUCCACCGCCUGCAAGGGGCAGAAGAAAGUCUGUGGCUCCCCAAGAGCUGAACAAAACCAACAAAAGGAUGUCAUGUGUUGGAAAGCCCCCAGACAUGCAGACCAAGAGGGGGAAGUUUGGAGAACCUUCUCGACCAAACCAGAAGUUCUACGACAUGAUCCAAGACUUCAGAGAGACUUUGGAAGUAACCCCCUUAUCAACUACUGACCACAUUGCAGCUCGAAGAAUUUGUGUGUGUGUUCGCAAGCGGCCCCUUAACAACAAAGAGAUCACUAAAAAGGAGAUAGAUGUGGUGUCUAUACCUGGAAAUGGUGCCUUGCUGGUUCAUGAGCCAAAGCAAAAGGUGGACCUUACCAAGUACCUGGACAACCAAGUCUUCCACUUUGAUUACGCCUUUGAUGAGACCUCCACAAACGACCUAGUCUACAAGUUCACAGCCAAACCUUUGGUGCAGUCCAUUUUUGACGGUGCAAUGGCAACAUGUUUUGCCUAUGGCCAGACGGGAAGUGGGAAGACUCAUACGAUGGGAGGUGAUUUCGCAGGGAGGCAGCAGAACAGCGCUAAAGGAAUCUAUGCCUUGGCAGCUCAGGAUGUUUUCAGCUACAUCAACCACAGGAGAUAUGCUAACAUGGAUCUCUCUGCCUAUGUCAGCUUCUUUGAGAUUUACAAUGGAAAAGUGUACGACCUGCUGAACAAGAAGGCCAAGCUCCGGGUGUUGGAGGAUGAAAGACAGCAGGUUCAGGUGGUGGGCCUGGAGGAGGUCUACGUGUCCGCAGCAGAGGAGGUCAUCAAGAUGAUACAGAUGGGCAGUGCAUGCAGAACAUCUGGACAGACUUCUGCAAAUGCCAAUUCCUCCCGCUCUCAUGCCAUCCUCCAGAUUGUCCUGCGACGCAACGACCGCACCUCCACACUGCACGGCAAAUUUUCAUUGGUCGAUUUGGCUGGAAACGAGCGUGGCACAGACGUCAGCAGCAAUGACCGCAGCACUUUGGUUGAGACUGCAGAGAUCAACCGCAGCCUGCUGGCUCUCAAGGAGUGCAUUCGUUCACUGGGAAAGAACAGUGAUCACAUUCCUUUCAGGAUGAGCACUUUGACCAAGGUCCUCAGAGAUUCCUUCAUUGGAGAAAAGUCCAAGACCUGCAUGAUUGCCAUGGUCUCUCCGGGCAUGGCUUCAUGUGAAUACACAAUGAACACACUACGUUAUGCUGACAGAGUGAAGGAACUGAAUGGCAAUUCCACGUCCAGUGGAGCAGCCAAGCUACAAGAGCCUUUGGACAGCUCCACAGAGGAGGAAUCUGUUGUGGAUGCCAGUGUGUAUGAUGCCAUAUCUCAAGUGACAGAGUUGGAGGAGAAAGUCUAUGUAGAACUGAAGAGGGUAAAUGACUUUGUCAAGGCGAUGGAGCAAACCUCAUACAACAUCAAGGAGGAACUUCCCGACCUGGUGGAUCAUUCUCGGAAGAUACUGGACAUGGUGUUGGCUUUGCAGUCUGCUGUGGAUCAGGAGAGUCUGGCGAUGAUGAAACACUAAGACGAACCCACAAACCCACUUACACACCAUUUACAAAACCUUUUAAAGCAGUUCCCUUUUGAUUUUAUUGUAUUAUGGACUUAAAUAAGGAACUUUAAUUUAGACACUAUCUCAUUGAAAAUAUUGCAGGUCUUGUAAGAAACCAUUUUGGGAUCUCCUGGUGUAUAUUGUUUGAUGCGGCACUUUUCGCUGUAGAUGUUUUACCAUGAAUAAAGUUGGAUGCUACUUUGGGAGCAGCAGCAGAAAUUCUAUCAAAAAUAAUAAAGUGUAUUUUUCUUUUAGUCAUAAACACA